GCAGUUCGACAAACUCCAACCAUCAUGAAAGUAUUCGCAGUUCUUUUCGCCGUCAUUGCCGUUUCCGCCGCCGCUUCCCUUGGUGGUCCAGAUGCUGCCGCCGAAAUUCUGAGGAGCGAACUGGACAACAUUGGAACUGACGGCUUCAAAUGGGGCUAUGAGACCAGCAACGGAAUUUCAGCUGAAGAAUCCGGCCAUUUGAUCAACGCCGGCUCCGAAAACGAAGCUAUUGCUGUCCAAGGUUCUUUCAAGUACGUCGAUGCUGAGGGCAAAACUUACACUGUCACUUACAUCGCCGACGAAAACGGUUUCCAACCACAAGGCGAACAUUUGCCACACUAAAUUUUCUGUAAAAUGUGUAAUAUAAAAUAUAAAUUUUAAAUU